AUCAUCAGCAUUCGUUUCCACCUGGUUGCCAUGUUUACCAGUAAACAUCCGGAAGCUAUGGCGACAAGGGGCUCAGUUCCAAGAGUCGCUUUCGGCAGCUGCCAGAAGCGUCUCAUGUUUCCAACGCACUUUGCGCCCGACCGAAUGGGAAAUGAAAUGCUCUCACUGCACGGCUCUGCUGAAGGAGGACCCGGAUGUUACGACAACCACACGGUUGGCACACUUCUUUAUGAACUCCAACACAAACCUGAGAGUAAGAGGGGAUAUGUGUUGGCAGCCCGCACUGCAUCACGAUUCCUGCCGCCUUUAAAGGCAGCCACCCCUUCACCACAGAAAUACCAGCUGGACUGGACUCAGCCUAAAGUGUGUCCACCUGGAAAAGCUCCCUUCAAUAGUACCACUGUAAGAUUCAGACCUGAAGAUGCAGAAAUCAGCCCUGGUCCAGGGACAUACGCACAUGAUGCUAUCCAAAGCAAGAAGGUGUCGUGGCCUAUGAAAUUCAGCUCUCCAGACUGGACAAAAGUGCCAAUGUUGGAGAGAAGAGCACUGCGGACAGAGCUUUUCCAUGACAAAGAGUUUAGGAAACAGAGGAACAGGGUGGCAUAUCUACACUUGUUUUACUGAUGAUACUAAAAUACUACCAGAAGAAUUAAGUGUACAAACAUUAAAAUUUUAAAAGACAA